AUGUGCAGUACAAAACAAAAGGGCUUAAAAGCCAAGACUGGUAAAACUAAGCCACAACUUGUGAAGGUCACUCUAGAAAAAACCACUUCAAUUGAAAGAGAGAAAACUAGUUUCCCUGAUGUUUCAAGAAAUCAAUCACAAACCCGUAUCAAUAUCCAAAAUCUCUUUAUUGAUUAUCAUGUACAAGAAAGAGCGACGACUAUUUCAAUACCAAGAAAACAUCUUAAGAGGGUCGAUUGGCACAAUCCAGAGACGGCUACUGGUUCCAUAUUUUUUCCAACCUGUCAUUCAGCCUCAAGUCGAAUUUUUGGGAUAAAAACAAGCCAGAUGGAAACUUCAAGAAAAUCGAAACAAGAAGCACCAAAAAGAAAACAUCUUUAUGCUGAAAACAUGUUCAAUGACCUUCUGAUUCUCUCCUCAGAGUUCUCCAGACCUGCAAGUGCCCCAGAGAUUACUACCAAGCUCACGAAAGUUCACUCUGAGUACCUACCUUUAUCAAAGAAGAAAUCCUUUAUUUUUAAGCAACAUCUGGUAGAUUUAAAUGAAACAGGACCAAGGUCUCUACUAAGAAGUAUGCCUGUUAAAACAGAAAGGCAGUGGUCUGAACGUGUAAAACAAAAUACUGCAGUGGUACUAACUAUUAGUCAUUUUCCAGACUCCAUUGUCCUGCCGCCACCAAUUUUGCCAAGAAAACCUUUAAGACAGUCUUUGUUAGAAACUCAAGCAACAGAAUCUGAGAAUGUGGAAAGUGCUUCAAGGCAAAGCAUGUCAAACCUGAAUGAAGGUAUCAUUAACAUCAAACCUAAAAAAAGAGAGGAAUCCGGUAUUAUACAUGGUCAAGGUUUUAAGACUAUUAAUGCAACACGAUAUGAAACAAUAAUAGCAAUGGUCAACCUGGCCAUAGUAAACUGUCAAGUACAUGGAAGAAAUGCACUUAACCUUAAGGGUUUUUUUAUCUUGAAUUGUCCAGACUUAACACCUUUGGCUUCCCAACUGAUAUAUCUUAACUUAUCCUUUAAUGAUAUCAGUGAAUUUCCCACAGAAAUAUUUUGCCUUAAAAAUUUACAACUACUGUUCCUGAGAAAUAAUCCAAUCAAAGAAAUCCCUUCCGAAAUUCAACAACUUAAGUUCCUUAGAGUUUUCAGCAUUGCCUUUAACUUGAUUACUACUCUUCCACCUGGGUUGUUUUCUUUGACCUAUCUUGAGGAACUUGAUAUUUCCUACAAUAGUAUUGCUUCUAUUUCAAACGAAAUCCAGAAACUCAGACUACUUGAAAAACUGAAUGUUGAUGGGACCGAGCUGACUACUUUUCCACCUGCAAUUUUGAAGCUUAACCUGAAAAAACUCCAGUUUGAGAAUACUUUCACUCACCCUACUUUUUGGAAAGAGAAUUCUUUGAAUAGCCCCCCGUGUCUUACACAUCUUUCUUCUUUGUUCUUUUUAAAAAAUAAUCUACAUAAACACUACGAAGUGAUCCCAGUGGAAAUUCAGAAGCUGCUAGAAUGCCCAUCUAGAUGCGAAUGGUGUCAAGGUCCCAUGUUUGGUGAAGGUUUUCGAGUUAUCCAAUCCUGUGAUAUUUUUGGAGCAACAUACCUUCCUGUUUUGUAUCAUGUCUGUUCUUCUUACUGCUAUAGAAAAGUAAAGGAAAGCAAUUUCAUUUUAAAGAACGUUCCCAACAAAAGAACAGCUCUAAAUUCUGAGUUGAGAAGUCCUACCAUAAUUUAGGUGUCCCACUUUAAGAGCCAUUAAAGUUUAUGUAUGUAGUGAUUCAUUUCUUUGAGAGUACAGGUUCUGUCUUCUGUGACUCAUCUUUGUAAUCCCAGCUCCUUUUGAAACUUUGUGACUGUUAGGGAAUUGUUGAAGAAUAAUUACUUUAGGAAGAUUAGUAAAGGUCUUUGGAUUUCAAUGAAGAUCUAGAAAUUUCUUUUAUCACAUGUUUGCUGUAAAGCUGAAAUGAUAGAAUCCUUUGCACAAAAGGAUUUAUCUUACAAGUGGCAUUUUUGUGCAUCUAUUCCAAGUGAUGAUAGCAUUUCAAAGUCAUCAGUGGGAUUUGUGCCUCAUAUGGGUUCAAAGCCAUGUACCCAAGUUCUCUCUGAAUCCUGUUUGUGAAUUUUUCUAGAAAUCUGUCCAGUGCCAAUCAUCUCAAUUGUGGAUUGUUUUAAGAAUAAAAGAUUCAUUCCAGUCCUAAA